GGAAGCUUCCCGUAACAGUGCAACCCUUAUUAUAUGAGUAGGAAGCGAUCAAAAAUGUCUUCCAGUGGCACUCUGAGUAACUGCUAUGUGGACGCUAUAAUGGGGCAGGAGCCGGAGGAUGUGUACGGUGCUCGCUUUAUUCAGGCUCCACAUACGAUGACCCCGAGGCCGUCAGGUGCCGGGGACAACGCAGACUUUUCCUCGUGUAAUUUUGCACCAAAGUCCGCUGUUUUCUCGUCGUCCUGGUCCUCAGUUCAUCCUCAGGGGAUUUAUCAUCCAUACGUCCACCACCACCACCACCACCAGUCCCAUCUGCCCGCGUCGGACGGCAGAUAUGUCGGCGUCCGACCGUGGAUGGACCCCAUUUCAAACCACGUUUCGUUCGCCGGAUUCCCUUCCAGCAGUCGGUCGUACGGAACAAAGCCAGAGGUCUUGCCAGCUAAAUCUACAGAUUGUGACACGUUGGAAGCGGAGGCUCGGCCGCUCGCAGGCGAAUUCACGUGUGGAGUAUCGGAGUGUCCAGAAAAAGCAACCAAAGAGCACAGUGGAAGUGAGCUUUCGAGCCACAGCGAACCCAAAGAGGAAAAACAAAAACUUGACCCAAGUAACCCCGCAGCGAACUGGAUUCACGCACGCUCCACGAGAAAGAAACGGUGUCCUUACACAAAAUAUCAGACUUUAGAGCUGGAGAAGGAGUUCCUCUACAACAUGUAUUUGACAAGAGAUCGGCGCUAUGAAGUCGCCCGCAUACUCAGUUUAACGGAGAGACAAGUGAAGAUCUGGUUCCAGAACAGAAGGAUGAAAAUGAAGAAGAUCAACAGAGAGAGGAACGGCAAGGAGCAGCUAUAAGCCCACUGCUUGUGCCAUUUCAUACAUUUUGACGUUUGUACCAAGGAAGCCAUGCGAACAAUUACAUUUAUUUUGGUAGGAGCCUCCUUAGCCUUUUUUUUUUUUAAAUCAUAUAUUAAGUGUCAGUGUUCUGGGGUUAUUUGGCCAAAUAUGGAUCACAUGUGCAGAAAUUUGAUGGCACACACACACACACACACACACACACACACACACACACACACACACACACACACACACACACACACACACACACACACACACACACACACACACAGGAUCUGUCAAACAAUGUUUCAAGCCAGGUGAAAUUUUUACGCAACAAACUGGGAUGUUUACGCAGCAGGAAGCAUGUAUGUGCAUCGCUGUUAUUUAGAGUUGUAUAAAAAUCAUAGCAACUACUUUGACUGCUCACUACACCCACGGCGCGCAGUAUCAGCAAAGCGAGAAUUUCACUGACUUUUGCUUAAAAUCUUUGUUCAUGAGCUCGAUGACUGAAAAAUAAAUCUUUUUUUUUUUUUGUUUUCUCACAGG